CUAAGCCUCAGUGUGACAUUUUCAUCGGUACAGUAAGUCGUUCAGAACCGAUUGUUCCGAAGGGAAUCGUUGGUCGUUUACUUACCGUGGUAUUGUGAUUAAUUUGAACGAAAAGCUUUCUUAACGAGUCACCACCGCAAUGGAUGACAUUCAGCUCAGCAAGGACCAAAUCGCACAAUUGAAGAUGGGUUUCGAUGCCUUCGACCCUGAGAAGAAGGAGAUGAUCAAGACUGACAUGGUCGGCACCAUCCUAUCCAUGAUGGGAAUGAAAAUCCCAUCUGAAACUCUGAACGGGGUUAUUGCAGAAUUCGACACGUUUGGAUCUGGAGAGCUGGACUUCCACGAGUUCUGUGGGCUGGCGUCCCGAUUCAUGGAGGAGGACACCGACACCGAGGCGAUGCAGCAAGAAUUGAGAGAAGCCUUCCGUCUAUACGAUAAGGAAGGAAACGGUUACAUCACCACAGACGUGUUCAGAGACAUCCUCCACGAACUAGACGAUGCAUUGUCUCCAGAGGAACUUGACAUGAUCAUCGAGGAGGUGGACACUGAUGGAUCUGGCACACUCGAUUUCGAAGAAUUCAUGGAGGUCAUGACAGGUUAAAUUAUCAGCUUUGGCACGAAGCGGCGGUCUCUCGUGCCGGCCACGACCACGAGCUACGAAGCCGCCCGUUUCACACCGUGGAGACUGCGAUUUAUUGGAGAUGUAUGUGCCGUUGGCAAAGUAUGAAGUUAAAGGUUCGUAGGUGAUGUCUGCUGAGCACGCAACGUGGAUACAGUUGAGAAUGUAUUUCUGCCAGGUCCGUCGCUUUCGGAGUCACAAUCGGCUAAAAUGUAUUUCUAUCUACGCCGCGGUUAACUCGGGCGAUAUUCUAGAGAAUAUCGUUCCCAGAAACCGGUUCAUAUCGAUCGAUAUAAAUCGACGUUUCUACGUUGCGAUAUAGAUCUCGAUCUACGAACGCAAUCUUCUCUCACUGCGUUGGAAGUUCGCGCAAAAUUCAACGUCGUAGUGAAUUCUGUCGGAACUCGAAGAUUAUAAUUGAACAAAAGCGAUAUCUUUCGAUUGAAAAUAUUGUUCAUCGCGCUUCUUAAUUUUAUACUUUGCCAACGAGUCGUGAAAUUGAUUGCAACAGUGACAAUACUCGUAAGCGAUUAAAUUGUGAAACGCCUCAGACCACCACGAUACGAUCAAUGUGACUUCAUGUCAAGGAAAAGUAAUAAAAGUAUAAAAAAAAAUAGCAAAACCAAUCCGUGUAUAUUAUUGUGUACAUUCGUCUUCAAUUGGUAUUUAAGCGUAAUUCUUUUUAUAUAUGAAUACAUCCAUACCGUGUAAUAUGGUAAAGAAUAUAGAAAUUAAAUUGAUGGCAACCCA